AUGAUAGACUCCGUCGCCUGGCUGCGACGCCCACUCGCAUUGCUCGCCGUCCUCGCGAGCGUCCCCCUGUGCACCGCGCACCUAGACCAAAUAUCGACGUCCUCCGUAUCUUAUUGCGCACCGCCAGAAUCUAUCCUCAUCCAGCAAUUCGACGUCACCUACUUCCCGCACAAUAACUCGGUUGCCUUCAACGUCUCGGCAGCUUCCGUGCAGACCAACGUCAGCGUCACCGCAAAUCUCGAACUCAACGACUACGGUUCUUCGCCCGUGAACGUGACCCUCGACCUCUGUUCACUAUUGGACUCGGUCUUGUGUCCGCUGCCGCUAUACAAUUUUGUCGGCUACGAUGUUCUGCCGCUGCCAGACACCAUCGAUCUCUCGGGCUUCAUUCCCUCCAUCGCCUACAUCAUUCCGGAUUUGGAAGCAGUCGCGCAGCUUACGCUCUACGACGUUGACACCGGCGAACUCAAGGCAUGCGUUCAGGCUACGCUCACGAACGGUUGGAGCAUGCACCAAGAAGCAGUCGUUGCCGCCACGGCCACACUCGCAGGAGUGUCCUUCUUGAAUGCAUUCGUGCAAUCUCUAUUAUUGCCUGCCUUCGCAACACUCGCACCCACUCGCUUGCUCGAUUUGGUCAGCCUGUACCAGCUCGUCGCCGCAUCCGCCCUUCUCAACCUCAACUACCCCGUCGCAUACCGCGCGUUUGCCCUCAACUUCUCAUGGGCAUUCGGCUUGUUCGGCAUGAAGCCCACGAGCAGCUUUGAGCAGUCUAUCGACCGCAUGCGCAAUUUGACUGGCGGAACGGUCUCACAAGACGCCGUCGGUGGUGCCACUGCGCUCGUCAACCGCGUACUCUCGCCGUACAACAUCGUACCGGACGACUCGUCUUCCACAGACACCGACCUCACGAUGCUGCGCAGGCGUACGGACGCGCUGACUGAUAUGUUCGUACGCGGUGCGAACGCGCUAGCGGCACACGUCCGAGAGAGCUUGACCAAGCGCGAUGACUCCGACGUUAGCGUCGCGGCCGUCACUCCCGGAAGUUCCAACACGCUUCAGGCGGGCAUCCCCAUUUACGCCGAGAGCGUCAAUAUCGCGACCGGAAACGCGUUCACCACUGCAUUCUUGAUCGCACUCAUCCUCCUCGCCAUCUCUAUCGGGGUUCUCGCCCUCGUUGCUGGCGUUGUCUUCCUGCUUCGCCGUCGCAACGAUAAGUUCGGUGCCUGGGCUCGCGCACAGUGGGCGCAGCAACAGAGCUGGAGCAAGGCGUGGCUUCUCCGUGUGGCCCUGCUCUGUAUGCUCCCGCUCCUCACGCUCGGGCUGUACCAGUGGACGCUUGCUGACUCCUGGCUUGCUGACCUGCUGGCGGCUAUUUCGACUAUCGUACUCUUCCCCGGACUCGCGUACGGCGCGUACCUCGUUAUUCGGCACCGACGGAUGUUCUCGGAGUCUAGCACAGUUGGACCUCUGGAGGUUAUCCCCUCGCUUCAUCCACUCUACGCCCAGUAUACCCCGCGGAGGUACUACGCCUAUGUACCCGGCUUGAUCGCGAUCCUACUCCGCUCCCUCUUCACCGCAUUCGCCCCGCGCGCACCUUCAGCCCAGAUUGGCUUGAUACUCGCCACCGAAGCACUGCUCACGAUUGCAACAAUCGUUCUCCGCCCGAACAAGACAAGGCGUGCGGACGCGCUCUCCAUCUACCUUUGCAUUACCCGUCUGGCCUGCACUGCGGCAAGCGUCGUGUUCAUCACGAGCCUGGGAAUCAAGCCCAUUCCACGUGUUGCCGUCGGCAUCGUAUGCGCCGUCAUCUGGAGCGUUGCCGUCGUCGUGCUCUUCUUCAACCUGUUGUGCAACAUCGGUCUGGGCGCUUUGUGGAGGAGAUGGAGGCACGGGACAGCAUUCGGUCAAAUCUCGAGCGGGAGCAGCGAGCCGCAGACGAGGAGCAGUAGCAUCGACAAGAUUGAUGAGAAGGCUGGCGUGUCGGUCCUGGAGAAGGAGCGGUCCGCAACUGGCUCGUCAUCUGGCUCAUCGUCGCCCGCGCCGUCAGUGCUGUACGGUCGCGCGCAAGCACCUACACCCGACAGGCACGGCGUGCUUGAUCCGUCUGUCAAACAGACUUAUCCGGCCGUCACGCCUGCGACGACCUUCGCGGAACCGCCGACUGCUAGCACGAUGAGCAGUUACGGCGUGCAGGUGCCGAGCAAGUGGGCGAGGAGACCGAGUAGCGGGUUCAGCGACAGUGCCUACGGCGGAAGCGCUCAGAACUCGCCGAGUUCACAAGGGCACUUCGCUGGCGCUACGCCGCCUAGCGCUGGGCACCUGAACUCGGUCCAGGAGCACCACGCGCAAUAG